CAUUAAUUGUUGAUUUGCGAUCCUUAAUGUUGUUUAGCAAUUAAUUCCUUUCUCAAUUUGGAUCCGGACGGCGACGGAGGGCCCUCUUCUUCGCGAGCCCAUGAACAGCAUCCGCACCGACGGUAACAAUGGCGCCGGCGAGGCAUGCGACUCGUCAGCGGGUUCCUCGUCCGCUGCGGGCAAGCAGAAGGAGAAGGAGAAGGCGCGGGUCAGCCGGACGUCGCUCAUCCUCUGGCACACCCACCAAAACGACGUCGCCGCCGUGCGUAAGCUCCUCGAGGAGGACCCUGACCUCGUCAAUGCCCACGACUACGACAAACGAACCCCUCUCCACGUCGCGGCGCUCCACGGUUGGGUCGGGAUAGCCAAGUGCCUCAUCGAGUUUGGCGCCGACGUCAAUUCCCAAGACCGGUGGAAGAACACGCCACUAGCUGAUGCAGAAGGCGCUAAGAAGCGUAGCAUGAUUGAGCUUCUAAGUUCAAAUGGUGGAUUAUCUUUUGGACAAAAUGGAAGCCAUUUUGAACCAAAGCCAGUGCCACCUCCUCUUCCUAGCAAGUGUGACUGGGAAAUUGACCCAUCUGAGCUGGAUUUUUCUGUUGCAACAAUCAUCGGAAAGGGUUCAUUUGGCGAAAUUAUAAAAGCUUAUUGGCGUGGAACACCUGUUGCUAUCAAACGUAUUCUUCCAUCUUUAUCAGAUGACAGAUUGGUUAUCCAAGACUUCCGCCACGAGGUAAAUGUAUUGGUAAAACUGAGGCAUCCCAACGUCGUCCAAUUCCUUGGAGCUGUAACCGACAAAAAGCCCUUGAUGCUAGUUACUGAGUAUUUAAGAGGGGGUGAUCUUCAUCAGUAUCUCAAGGAAAAGAGUUCACUUAGUCCACAAGUAGCGAUCAACUUUGCACUAGAUAUUGCCAGGGGCAUGGCUUACCUUCAUAACGAACCAAAUGUGAUAAUACAUAGAGAUCUAAAACCAAGAAAUGUUCUUUUGGUCAAUGCAAAUGCGGAUCAUUUGAAAGUUGGAGACUUUGGACUCAGCAAGCUCCUCAGUACCCAAAAUGCACACGAUGUAUACAAAAUGACAGGAGAAACUGGAAGCUACCGGUAUAUGGCUCCUGAAGUAUUCAAACAUCGCAAAUAUGAUAAGAAAGUUGAUGUGUUCUCUUUUGCUAUGAUAUUGUAUGAGAUGCUUGAAGGUGAGGCACCAUUUUUAAGCCAUGAACCAUAUGAAGCUGCCAAGAUUGUCGCAGAAGGCAACCGUCCAAAGAUUCGUGCUAAAGGAUAUACACCAGAACUGAGAGACUUGAUAGAGCUUUGUUGGGCUGCUGAAAUUAAUAAGAGGCCCUCGUUUCUUGAUAUUCUCAAGAGGCUCGAAAGGAUCAAGGACAGCCUUUCCUCAGAUCACUCCUGGAACAUCUUCAUCCAGUAGAUUAAUUCUUUGUAUCUUUACUCAUCAUUUUGGUGGUUAAAAAAAUCAAUGAAAAUCAUAAUUUGGCAAAUAAUGAGAUAAUUAAAAAACUACAAUUGUGUAUAAUCUCUUUGAAUGAUCAAUUUUGCUUUUUGAACCAUGAUUAUCAAAGGCUGUCUGUAUGUAGCAUUCAAACUCUUCAUUCUAUCCAAAAUAAAUAAGUAAUUAAAUAACAAUAACACUGUUGUGUUUCAAAUUUUUAAGUCCAUUCCAAGUUCAACCUAGCGUAUUUGCUGUCCACAUAUUAUUGUUGCGACCUACCUUGUAUAUUUGAUUCUGCUUAAAAGCUAGGAAAACCAGUUAAUAAAUGUUUCUAUUUGCUUACUGCUCUUUUGCUUCAUUAAACGUAUGAAAGACAGAGAACUAAAGCCAAGUAAAAUAUUUUGUAUUACGCAGAAAAAAGUGCACUGAUCUAGAUAAGUUCAUUUUGGAGAACUUGAAUUGCAAACCAUUUUAUUAGACAUGUUCACCUCGUAGAUCAUAAACAAACAAAUUCAAUUCAACUUUGAUUCAGCCAAGUCAAAUAUCAUCUCUAAUAUCAUAAUACUCGAGUCCAUCCAAUUGAUGUGACAAGCUGAUAGUAUAAUUUUUGAUUGGAUUACUACUUAGUGGGAGUUGCGUUAGAU